GUUGUGUCAAAUGCUGCUGGACAGGGGGUUGCCAUCACUGGGAACAAUACUUUCAACAACUGGAAUUGGCCUAACGCAGUGAUCUUUGCUGCUACUGUGAUCACUACAAUCGGUUAUGGAAAUGUUUCUCCAAAGACACCCUCUGGGCGUCUCUUCUGCAUAUUUUAUGGGCUCUUUGGAGUUCCUCUCUGCUUGACAUGGAUCAGUGCUCUGGGGAAGUUCUUUGGAGGACGUGCCAAGAGGCUGGGCCAGUUUCUGACAAAAAGAGGAGUAAGCCUGAGGAAAGCACAAAUUACAUGCACAGCUAUUUUCAUUGUUUGGGGUGUCUUGGUCCAUCUGGUUAUUCCUCCCUUUGUCUUUAUGGUGACUGAAGGAUGGGAUUACAUUGAAGGCCUCUAUUUCUCAUUCAUCACUAUCACCACCAUAGGAUUUGGAGAUUUUGUUGCUGGUGUAAAUCCAGAUGCAAACUAUCAUGCCCUUUACAGAUAUUUUGUGGAGUUAUGGAUCUAUCUGGGACUAGCUUGGCUUUCACUCUUUGUUAACUGGAAGGUCAGUAUGUUUGUGGAAGUCCACAAAGCAAUCAAGAAACGGAGGAAAAAAAGAAAAGAGUCAUUUGACAACCAUCCUCGGUCCAAAAAACCCCUUCAAAUGGGUACCUCAAAGGAUGUCAACAUUUUCAGCUUCCUUUCAAAGAAGGAAGAGACCUACAAUGAUCUUAUUAAGCAAAUUGGGAAGAAAGCCCUGAAGACAAACAAUGACAAAAUGAUUAAAGUAGAAAAUGCCAAACAAAAUAUGCAGAAUGCCAGUAUAGAUGCCCAGGUGACUUACACAAAGACAGAGUCAUUUGAGUAUGAUGAGGUUUCCCUGGACAUUCAAAAUGGUCAUGUACUGAGAUCCCUGCAGGAUAAACGUAUUGGAGACAGCCCUCUAGAAGGAACCAUGUUCGUAAACCAGCUGGACAGGAUUAGUGAAGAAGAAGGCGAAGUGUGGGAUUCCAGAGACUAUCGACCCUUAAUAUUUGAGAAUGCUAAUAUAACAUUUGUAAAUGAAGAUGAUGAAGAAGAGGAAGAUAUCUCGGAUGAUGAGGAAACGUCAAAAUCCUCCAUGGAUGAUAAUCUUGCAGAGGAAUCUGAAAGUGCAAAAAAACUGGUAAAAUUCCCAUCGUCUGAUGAAUCUACCUUUACCAAUAACGAGCUAGAACUUUCUGUGCCUUAUGAACAACUGAUGAAUGAAUAUAAUACAGUAAACAAUGUGAAGGCUGCAACGUGA